AUGUCAUCAAAGAACCUUGACCUUGUCUCUCAUCCACGCGCCAAACCUUCUCCCAAAAUACCCUCCUUUCCGAUGCGUUUCCUCGCCGUCUCCGUGCUUAUCAUCGUUGGCUCGCUUCAUGUCUCUGCCUGCGAAGGACCUUGCAUCACGAAUACCACCGAAGCCUUCCGAGAACGCGAAAACAGCCAUGUUGAUUUCGUCAUGGACCAGAUUGGCAAAAACAUCAUCUCUGCCCUCAAACUUCCCAACAUCGCCCCGCAAACGCUCAUGAAGCCCGCUAUGGCAUCCUAUCAGACCGUGUCUUUUGCAAACCUGCGCCAAUCCAUCUUUCCGAACUACUUCCAUGGCAAGUGCCAGAACCCCAAGACCGGCAUCGACCCUGUUGGCUGUCCAAACCCCGACUGUCCUGUUGUCUGCGGCACGCCCGGCUCAAUGGUCCACUUCUAUGAUGUCUUGGUCGAAAUCGUCCACAACAGCACCCUCAACUCCAUCGCAGAGAGCUUUGACGAACACUCGACCGCGUUUCAAGCCAUUCUUGACGACGUCACGCAUCUCGCCAAAGAGAAGAAGCCUGUUCGCCGAUUUCCUGUUCCGCCAGUCACCAAGAGUAGCAUCACAUCCUUGUUGAAGCGCGAAAUGGCAGAGUCGCCGGCGUUGUUGGAAAAGUCUUGUGGUGGAAAGCAGCGCCCGGCCUGUAGAUGGAAGAAGGAAAUGGUGCCAUUCAUUCUGUCGUUCCCUUAA